AUGGCUCCUACAAUGGGUGGCAUUGAAUCUGGUUCCAUUACUGAACUUUUUGGAGAAUUUAGGACUGGAAAAAGUCAAUUAUGUCAUACAUUAGCAGUUACAUGUCAGCUCUCCGUUGAUAAUGGAGGAGCAGAAGGAAAAUGCAUUUAUAUAGAUACGGAAGGAACAUUUCGGCCUGAAAGAUUAGUCAGUAUUGCAGAACGUUUUGGAGUAGCACAUGCUGAAGUUUUAGAUAAUGUAGCCGUCGCCAGAGCCUAUAAUACAGAUCACCAAAUGAAUUUGUUAAUACAAGCAGCCGCCAUGAUGACAGAAGCCAGGUUUUCCCUUAUUAUAGUUGAUAGUGUUACAGCAUUAUAUCGAACAGAUUAUUCUGGCCGGGGAGAACUUGCAGCGCGUCAAAUGCAUUUAGCAAAAUUUUUGCGUGGUCUGUUACGUUUGGCUGAUGAGUUUGGUAUUGCGGUAGUCAUUACAAAUCAAGUUGUGGCGACUGUUGAUGGAAACAUGUUAUUUCCUGGCGCUUCAGAUAAAAAACCAAUUGGUGGUAACAUUAUAGCACAUGCAUCAACGACAAGAUUAUAUCUUCGUAAAGGUAAAGGUGAAAAUAGGGUUUGCAAAAUUUAUGAUUCGCCAUGUCUUCCAGAAGGUGAAGCUACAUUUGCGAUUGGAAAUGGUGGUAUAGAAGAUGCGAAGGAUUAA